AAAAACAAGUAAGAAAUCAUCACAUAUGUAUAUGUUCCUCUGAAGACCAGAUCAAAUAUUAACUCCUUCCUCACAAAGAAAAGAAAAAUGGCUCCAUCUCAACGAUCUGCUUCCCCUUCUCAACCCUCCGGUAAAGGGGAGGUAACGGAUUUAAAGAUGCAGCUAAGACAGCUGGCAGGGAGUAGGGCACCUGGGACAGAUGACUCAAAACGGGAUUUAUUCAAGAAGGUGAUAUCCUACAUGACAAUCGGGAUUGACGUGUCAUCGGUUUUUAGUGAGAUGGUGAUGUGUUCGGCAACUUCAGAUAUAGUUUUGAAGAAAAUGUGUUACUUGUAUGUUGGUAAUUAUGCAAAGUAUAAUCCGGAUCUUGCGUUGCUUACGAUUAAUUUUUUACAAAGAGAUUGUAAAGAUGAGGAUCCGAUGAUAAGAGGGCUGGCGUUAAGAAGUUUGUGUUCAUUACGUGUGCCAAAUUUGGUUGAGUAUUUAGUGGGACCACUGGGUGCGGGGUUGAAAGAUGGCAAUAGUUAUGUGAGGAUGGUUGCGGCUGUUGGGGUAGUGAAGUUGUAUCAUAUAUCGGCUUCUACUUGUUUAGAUGCUGAUUUUCCACCUCUUCUUAAGCAUCUCAUGCUUAACGAUUCGGAUGCUCAGGUAGUUGCAAACUGUUUAUUUGCUUUACAAGAGAUAUGGGGCUUGGAAGCAAGUACAUCGGAGGAAGCAGCAAGGGAAAGAGAGGCCUUAAUCAGUAAACCAGUUAUAUAUUACCUGUUAAAUAGGAUCAAGGAAUUCAGUGAAUGGGCUCAGUGUACAGUUCUUGAAUUGGUUUCUAAGUAUGCACCACCUGACAGCAAUGAGAUAUUUGACAUCAUGAAUCUUCUAGAAGACAGACUUCAGCAUGCAAAUGGUGCGGUUGUUUUAGCUACCAUAAAGUUAUUUCUUCAAUUGACGAUGUCUAUGACUGAUGUUCAUCAACAGGUGUAUGAGCGGAUCAAAGCCCCUCUACUUACUCUUGUGAGCUCUGGGGGUCCUGAGCAGUCCUAUGCAGUACUUAGCCACUUGCAUCUUUUGGUUAUGCGUGCACCAAUGCUGUUUGCUUCAGAUUACAAGCACUUCUAUUGUCAAUACAAUGAUCCGUUCUAUGUUAAAAAGUUGAAGCUUGAUAUGUUGACAGCAGUGGCAAAUGAGAGCAAUACUUAUGAAAUAGUGACUGAAUUGUGUGAGUAUGCUGCAAAUGUUGAUAUCCCCAUUGCAAGGGAAUCUAUUAGAGCUGUGGGGAAAAUUGCACUUCAGCAAUAUGACGUAAAUGCGAUUGUUGAUAGGCUGCUUCAGUUUUUAGAGAUGGAGAAAGACUAUGUUACUGCAGAAACACUGGUUCUUGUAAAGGAUCUUCUGCGAAAGUACCCACAAUGGAGUCAUGAUUGCAUAGCCGUAAUUGGGAACAUAAGCAGCAAUAAUGUCCAAGAACCUAAAGCCAAGGCAGCUCUUAUUUGGAUGUUAGGCGAGUAUGCUCAGGACAUGCAAGAUGCUCCUUAUGCUUUGGAAGGAUUGAUUGAUGAAUGGGAGGAUGAGAGUUCCCCGGAGGUACGUUUGCAUCUGCUUACAGCAGUAAUGAAAUGUUUUUUCAGAAGACCUCCAGAGACUCAGAAAGCCUUGGGCUCCGCAUUAGCUGCCGGUCUUGCUGACAUGCACCAGGAUGUCCAUGAUAGAGCCUUAUUCUACUACAGGCUUUUGCAACAUAAUGUAUCAGUAGCAAAUAGUGUGGUAAAUCCUGCGAAGCAAGCUGUUUCGGUCUUUGCAGAUACUCAAAGUAGUGAGAUCAAAGAUCGCAUAUUUGAUGAGUUUAACAGCUUAUCUGUCCUAUACCAGAAGCCUUGUUACAUGUUCACAGAUAAGGAACAUCAAGGACCAUUUGCCUUUUCAGAAGAGCUUGGAAACUUGUCUAUUGGACCAGAACCUUCAGCAGAUGUUGAUGCGAAUGAUGAGGGUUUACUUUUAAGUACCACUGAUAAAGAAAGUAAUAGGGCCCAUGCCAAUAACAGUUCUGCGUACAAUGCAGCGGCUGCAUAUGACCCUUCUCAAGGAGCACUUGUAUCCUUGAAUGAACCUGAACCAGCACAUACUCAACAAGCAAACUUUGCCAUUGAUGACCUACUUGGUCUAGGAUUGUCUAUUGUUCCUAGUCCCACUCCCUCCUCUCCUUCGUUGAAGCUAAAUGGUAAAGCGGCGCUUGAUCCAAGCACUUUUCAGCAAAAAUGGCGCCAACUUCCAAUUUCAACAUCACAGGAAGGGUCUAUUAGUCCACAAGGUGUAGCAGCGUUGAUGAAUCCACAAGCACUUGUACAGCACAUGCAAGUUUAUUACAUCCAUUGUAUCGCCUCAGGUGGGCAGGCCCCCAAUUUCAAGUUUUUCUUUUUCGCACAAAAAGCAGACGAGCCAUCAAACUUUCUUGUAGAGUGUAUAAUCAAUUCAUCCACGUGUAAAGCACAGAUAAAGAUAAAAGCCGAUGAUCAAAGCGCAUCCCAGGCCUUUGCCGACUUGUUCCAAUCGGCUUUGUCAAAAUUUGGAAUGGCCUAAUUGUUUGUUGUCUUGUUCUAAUUGUUUUGGUGUUAUAGAAGUGAAAGAGUCUGUAAUUGUCUCGGCUAAAGACAUUUUUUGAUUACGAGCAAUUGGUUAGAUUUUUGUAUUUUAUUGUAUGUGUUUUUUAGUGAAUAUAUAACAAGCUUAUUAAUUUACUUAA